AUGCUGCUUCGCUCUCAGGAAGCGCUUGAAGACGAUCCCUCGGUCGGUGGGGCGAAUGGGAGGCUUAACGGCGCAACCAGCAUGGAUGUGAACACCAAAUCCCCGGUGGACAGGCUACUCCAACCCAUCUCAACAACAAUACCACCUCCUUUGGCAAUGGCUCCUUUCGCGAGACUCCCCGCAGGAGUACAGACAGAGCCGACACCAUUCCGCGUGUCGACUGCCAAGGACAAGAUCCACGAACUCCAUGAGAUACUAAAAGUAUCCAAAGUCGGCAAAGCCACAUACGAAAAUGAACAACAAGAACGAGACUACGGUGUUACGCGAGAAUGGCUUGCGAAUGCAAAGACCCAAUGGGAGGUUUUCGACUGGCAAAAGAUCGAAGAUGACAUCAGCAUGUUCCCCAACUACACGACGAAAGUUGAGGAGCGUGGCGAUACCUUCGACAUCCACUUCGUCGGGCUGUUUUCCGAGCGCGCAGACGCGGUGCCCCUCAUCAUGCUCCACGGCUGGCCAGGCAGCUUCCUCGAGUUCCUGCCGAUCCUCCGUCUCCUCAAGGCAAAGUACACGCCCCAGACGCUACCAUACCACGUCGUCGUGCCCUCGCUUCCCGGCUAUGCGUACUCGUCGCCACCGCCGCUGAACCGUGACUUCCGCCUAGAGAACUGCGCCGCGAUCAUGGACAGCCUAAUGGCCAGCCUAGGCUUCAGCAACCCCGGCUACAUCGUCCAAGGCGGCGACGUAGGCAGCAAAGUCGCGCGCGUAAUGGGCGCCCUAUACCCCCGCGCCAAAGCCAUCCACGUGAACUUCUGCAUCAUGCCCGACCCAGGAAACGUCCCCGAAACAGCCCUCGCCGAACCGGAGAAGAAGGGCUUGAUCCGCGCGGCCGACUUCCACCGCCUCGGCAGCGCCUACGCUCUCGAACACGCGACCAAACCCAGCACCAUCGGGCUCGUCCUGGCGGCCAGCCCGCUCGCGCUGCUCGCUUGGAUCGGCGAGAAGUUCCUCGCGUGGACAGACGAGGACCCGGACCUCGACACGGUGCUGGAGGCCGUGACGCUGUACUGGGUCACCGAGUGCGCCGCCACGUCCCUCUGGCCGUACCGCCAGUUGUUCACGCCGGGCGUGGUGGGCGCGCAUGAGAACCCGGCGUGGCAUCUCCACAGGCCGUUUGGGUACUCGUGGUUUCCCAGGGAGAUCGCGCCGGUGCCGCGGGCGUGGGCGGCGACGACGGGGGAUUUGGUGUUCUUCCGCCGGCAUGAGAGGGGCGGCCAUUUCGCUGCGCUGGAGCGGCCGGGGGUUUUGCUAAGGGAUGUGGAGGAGUUUGUUGCUCAGGUCUGGCCUACGGUCUGA